GCUAACAGCCGAUCCGCCUACAAAAUGACGUCACGCGGCGGCGUGCGUGAUGACGCCAGUGCCUCCGGAAGUGUUCGGGGUUGUCUUAUUGCUCUUCGAGCGGCUUCGGUAGUGUGCGUCUGUGCGAGUGAGUGAAGAUGGCAGAAUGCUGCAAGACAGAUGUGGAGACGCAGAGAGAAGAGAUCGCGGCGCUCUUGAAAAUGCCGCUGCGCAAAGCAGAGACCUGGUAUUUGGUGGACAUUAGCUGGUUCAAGAUGUGGAAGAAAUAUGUGGGUUUUGGCAGCUGGGACAUAUAUGUGAGGGGCAGCCAGAACGUGUUUCCUGGACCAGUGGACAACUCUGGUCUGCUCAGAGACUGGGACACGCUGGACAUUAAGGAACACCUCAUUGAUGAGCUGGACUAUAGCCUGGUUCCCACAGAGGGCUGGAAGAAGCUUGUGAGCUGGUACGGCCUGAAAGAUGGACAGGAGCCUAUUGCUCGAAAGGUGGUAGAAGCGGGCAUGUUUGUGAAACACUGUAAGGUGGAAGUAUAUCUCACUGAACUCAUGCUAUGUGAAGACAACAACAUGGACAACAUUGUCUCUAGGAGGUUCAGCAAAGCAGACACCAUAGCCCUUAUUGAACGAGAAAUGAGGAAAUUGUUCAGUGUACCAGACGAGAAGGAAACAAGGUUGUGGGGCAAAUACAUAAACAAUACCUGGGAGCCACUGAAUAACUUGAACAGCACCAUUCAAGACGCUGGUCUCUAUCAGGGACAGGUAAGACAGUUUAUGCUUACUGCAACCAGGAACCAUAUGCUAAUCUGAUAAACCUGAGAAUUAUCAGAAAUGGAUCAGCUCCAAAAUGAGCUUUUCCAUUAAGUGCCAA